AUGGACAAAAUCGAGUAUCGAGCUGUCAUUAAAUAUCUGGUUUUGAAAGGCAAUAUGUAUGGGGACUCUGCACCAUCAUUUAUCACAGUGAAAUUUUUGGCAGCUGAAUUUAAACGUGGUCGUAAGAGCUUGGGAGACGAUGAACGUUCGGGACGUCCAAAAACUGCAACUACCGACGAUAACAUCGCCAAAGUUCACCAAAUAGUGCUAGACGACCGCCGAAUUAAAGUGAGAGGGAUAGCAGAGGUUAUGAACAUAUCAAAAGAACGUGUUUGUCACAUAUUAAAUCAAGAUUUAGGCAUGAGAAAGAUGUCCGUGCGCGCGUUGGGUGCCGCGUUUGCUCACGUUAGACCAAAAGCGUGUUCGUAUGAACAUUUCCAACGCUUAUGUUGGCGCAGUUUAGGCGCAAUAAAUCCGAGUUUUGGCAUCGAUUAA